AUCCCCAUUCGUCAGAUUCUUCUUCUCCUAGGGUUUGAUCAACAACGUCGUCAUGGAAGAAGAAAUCGUUCCAACUCUUCCUUUGCCGGAAGCCUUUCUCAAUUUCUUGAACGAAAAUGGUUUAGAUUCUUCAAUCUAUUCUUCUACAACUACAAAUACCACUCCGCGUUAUAUCAGAGUAAAACCAAGUGAAGGUGAAGCUCAUAUUCCAGAACUUGAAGCUGAAAUCAAUUGUAAACUUGAUAAAGUUGAUUGGUUGCCCAAUUUCUAUUCUAUACCACCACAUAUUCAAAUUGCUUCGACCAAUUCUUAUCGACAAGGAAAUGUGUAUGGAAUGGAUGCAGCAUCUGGAGCUGCUGUUUUAGCUUUGAAUGUUGUGCCGGGUGAUCAUGUGCUUGAUCUUUGUGCUGCCCCAGGUGCUAAGUUAUGUAUGCUCGCAGAUCUUCUUGGUUCCAGUGGUUCCUUAACCGGUGUUGACAUUGCAAAACAUCGUUUAGCAGCCUGUCGCACAAUGCUACAGAAAUAUUCACUGAGUGAUCAUUGUCGUCUCUUUGUUGCUGAUGGGACAUCAUUUUCUCUCGUUCCAUUGAGGGUUAGUGAAUCUGGGAACAAGUCUUUGAAAUCUACGGAUGCACUUUUGUGUGAGGAUACAAUGGAUACAUAUAAAGAGUGGACGUCGAAGAGAUCCUGGAAAGAAAGGAAAAGAGCUCAAAAAGAGAGGAAUGGGAUUACAUCGCAGAUAGUUCUUAAGUCUCAUGAACCUGAACUAAUCUUCUAUGGUCGACAAUCAGGCGUAGUUGGACUUAGUAAAAGGGAAAUAUUGCAAGCUGCAUCUGGCAACGAUCUCUCAGACGCUGGUUAUGAUAAGGUUCUGGUGGAUGCAGAGUGUACUCAUGAUGGAUCAAUUAAGCACAUUCAGAAGUUUGAUCAGUGGGGUUGGAAAACUCUUCAACGUCGAGUGCUAGAUGCGGAAAGAACUGACACCUUGGCAAAUCUUCAGUUGCAACUUCUUAUUAAUGGUUUCAGAUUAUUAAAAGUUGGUGGCAUGCUUGUUUACAGCACUUGCAGUUUGACUGUGGCUCAAAACGAGGAUAUAGUGGAGCAGUUUUUGUCUGCUCAUCCUUCUGCUGAAUUGCAGGAGAUUGAUGCUGCAAAUAACUGGCCAUGUAAGAGCGGAAAGAUACCAAAGACCUUGCGGUUUGAUCCUUUGACUUCCAACACCGGUGGACUUUUUGUUGCAAGUUUCACAAAAUUGGGAGCGUAACUAGAUUUGGAAAUUCUCUUAUAAAAAUCCAAGUUCCACUGCAUUAUAUUGGCACCUGGUGAUGAAUGACUCAACACCAUUCGAAAUUAAACUAGAAGCAGUAUUUGGUAAUGCAGGAAUCGUGAAAAUUUGCCACUACUGUAUAGACCAAGUAGAGGUGCCUUGAUGGCAAGGGCUUCAUGUUGAUCCAACAUGUCCUUGGUUUGCGUACAAUUACAGCAGAGCUUCUUGUUGCGCCACUGGAGGAAGAGGAGAAAGCCUCUGCAUCCAUUUUCACGCUCACUGGUUCACAGAAAUCCUGAAUAUUUAAGAUGUCUUAAGUGAUGAUUGUCCAAGUACAUUCUAAUCAGUGUCACCAGGUGUCUUAAGUGAUGAAAUCCUAGUCAGUGUCACCAGGUGUCAACUAAAUAUUGCUACAGAGAUGUCUGAAAAGGAGUCGGAAACAUUUCCUUCUCAGUGCUACAUUUGUGAGGUGAGGGUAACCUCCUACAUUUGUGUCAGUCCUCUCAAGCUAUGCAUUUAUCUUUCCUUUCUGUUAGGUUCUAAUCAAUUGGAUAAGCCAGUACCUUUGCAGAACUUGGAUUUUCUUGGUCUAAAAUGUACCCUUGUUUUGGGGAAAGGUGAUGCACUUAAUAAUAAUUAUUGUGGUCUAAUUUGAGGAUUCUU